AUGCCACGAAGGGACCGAACUCGGGAUCCAGUUCCGGAUGACAGCUUGCAGCAAUCCUGCCCGCUCUGCCGUCUGCCAGAUAGCAACGACAUGGUCAGCUGCGAUGACUGUGAGCGUUGGUUCCACUUUGACUGCGCCGGAGUAAACGAAGAUGUGGCCAACCACAAUUGGAGCUGCCAGGAGUGCAUCGUUGCCAGAGUUCCUGCUCCACAAUCGCCACAUCCAAGAACUCCUACAGGUGACCCAUUACCACACCCGCAGUCACCAAUUCCACUACCAGUUCCACGUCUGCCCACACCGCAAACACCAAUCCCACCGGUUCCUACACCACGACCGCAAACUCCGCGAACGCCAAUCGUACCCCCACGUAGUCCGUUGCCAAAUCCGCAGCCACCUACCCCACGUCCACGAACACCACGAUCGCCAAAUCCGCCACCGCCAACCCCACGUCUGCGUACUCCUCGAACACCUAAUGUGAAUCCUGAUGUGCCAGUAGUUCCCAGACAAGUUGCUGUCGAUCCAGAUUUUGUGAACAAACUGCCUGCCGAACUCCGGAUCCAACUUCUAGAGGAAGAGCAAGCCAUCGAACGCAAGUUUAUGUUGCGUAGGUUUCAGCUUCUGCUCGAGUCGACGGGAAAUGCCAUUCCUGCACGACAAAGUAGUCCAGAAGGGAACGCUUUCGAACCAAACAACACAAGAAACCAUCCUGUCUUUCAUUCUUCGCCUGUGAAUAGUCACCGUAGAUAUAUGCCUCCCUUUGCACCACCCCCAGUCCGCCAAGAUCACGACGGACCAACUUUCGCUCCACAUCGGGAACAGCAACAGUUAUACGUUCCAGUUGAUAUUCCUUCUGAAAUCAACCAUCGUCCCGAUUUCUCUGCUCGUGACCCUCCUCGUAUCGAUCAUCAUUCGAACAUACCAGCGUUCAAUCCACCUCCACCUAUUCACCGUCCUAUCGCUUCGACGUUUGCUUCUCUCCGGACCGAUCAACAUCAGCAUAUUCCGACGUUCUCUCAAGCGAAUCAUACUCAGCGCCCGAAUGCUUCGGCAUUUGCCCCAUAUGCUGGUCUUCCGCGUCCUGCCGCUCAAGAGUACUAUCCGUACGACUUACACGACUAUCCUUCUGCCACGGGGGGGACGGCGUUGCUCAAUAAAAGCCAAAUCGCCGCACGUCACGCAGUCUCUAAGGAACUACCAAUCUUCAGCGGGGAACCGGAUGAAUGGCCCUUGUUUUUCGCAACCUACGAGAACACAACGAACCUUUGCGGAUUUUCGGCGGAGGAGAAUAUGGCUCGUCUACAGAAGUGUCUACGUGGGAAAGCAUUGGAAGCGGUCAAAUGCCAGCUGUUGCACCCAGCCAACCUGGAUCAAGUUAUUUCGACGUUGCGAAUGCUGUUUGGGCGUCCGGAAAUUAUCGUACAUUCGCUGCUGCAGAAGAUAAACACUCUUCCCGCUCCCAAAGCAGAACGCCUAGGUACGCUCGUUGAUUUCGCGCUGGCCGUUCGCAACAUGGUAGCAACAGUGAAGGCCUGUGAGUUAGAGGAGCAUCUGUGUAAUUUGACACUGCUGCACAAUCUGGUAGAUCGUCUUCCACCGAUGAUUCGGCUGAAUUGGGCGACCCAUCGUCAGUCUCUUCGAUCGGUAACUUUGUUGGAGUUUAGCGAGUGGCUGUACAAACUGGCAGAAGCAGCGAGCACGGUGACGAUGCCUCAGUUCUCGGGCUCCUUCGACAACAAGACACACCGGGAACGGAAGAACGAUGGAUUUCUGAACGCACACACCGAGACGGUUCCCAAGGUCAACCAAAGCGACGUUGAUAGUGGAUGUGUCAUCUGCAAUAGCAACUGCAUAGCAGUGGAGAAGUGCAAACAAUUCGUUGCAAUGGAUCUUUCCGCUCGGUGGGCUGCACUCCGGGAACACAAAUUAUGCCGUAGCUGCCUGGAAAGUCAUCGAGGUCCCUGCAAGUCCGGGAAGUCGUGUGGUAAAAACGGCUGCCAAUACAAACACCAUCGGAUGAUGCACAACGACGCGAAAGAUAAAUCGAUAGCGUCAUCUUCGUCGAGUUCGACACCGACUACUUCUACUUCACAGCACGUCAGCGCGAGCAGUUCCCGAGAAACCAGAUCAUGCAACACGCAUCGAGGAGAAAGCAGAGCUGUACUAUUCCAAUACGUUCCGAUCACGCUGUACAAUGAUGGGAUCAAGGUUCAAACCUAUGCGUUCCUAGACAGCGGAUCUUCCUUGACACUGAUGGAGGAAAGUUUGGCGAAGGAGUUGAAUUUGCGCGGCGAAAGGCAUCCACUCUGCCUCCGCUGGACGGCUGAUACCUGCCGUUACGAAGACGAUGCCAUGCGAGUUUCAUUCAACGUUUCGGGCCUGUAUGACGGAUGUCCACAAAACAAACUGACAGAUGUCUACACGGUUAAAGAGUUGAAACUUCCAUCGCAAUCUCUCUCCAUGCGGAUGCUUUCGACGAAAUAUCCUCAUCUCGACGGGUUGCCAAUAGAACCAUACAGUAACGUUCAACCGAAAAUAUUGAUCGGCAUGAAUAAUGUACGAGUGAUCCACCCCCUAGAUAGCCGUGAAGGGAAGCCAAACGAACCAGCUGCUGUCAAGACACGCCUUGGAUGGACGAUCUACGGGACUUGCUUGUCCGAUAAUGACCCGGCGUCGAAAAUUACCCCGUACAGCUACCAUAUCUGCUUCCACUCUUACGAUUCGGAUGAGCUCUUGCACGAAACCGUCAAAAACUACUUCACUCUUGACAGUUUGGGGAUCAGUGCUCCGCAGAACCAGCUGCUUUCCAAAGAGGACGAACGAGCGUUGACGAAAUUACGUGACGUUACGACGUUCCAGAAUGGGCGCUAUCAAGUCGGUCUUCUUUGGAAAUACGAUGAUGUGCGCCUACCCAACAACAGAUCAAUGGUGUUGAGACGCCAUCACUGUCUGGUCAAGAGGAUGGAACGUGAACCUCAACUAGCUGAGACGUUAAGAGCGAAGAUGGCAGACUACAUCAGCAAAGGCUACGUCCGCAAGCUUACUCCGGAGGAAAGUCAGAGGAUGGGGAAUCGGACCUGGUACUUGCCUAUUUUUCCGGUCUUUAACCCUAAUAAACCAGGCAAGGUCCGAAUCGUGUUCGACGCAGCCGCGUCGUUCGGAGGAGUAUCGUUGAAUUCAGUGUUGAUGAAAGGUCCGGAUCAACUGAACGCUCUACCACCAGUACUACUUAAGUUCCGGGAGCGGUUGAUUGGCCUAGGAGGCGAUGUAGCUGAAAUGUUUCAUCAGAUGUUGAUGAACCCGCAAGACGAAGAUAGCCAGCGUAUCGUUUGGUGUGCCGACGGAACGAUGGAUCCGUGCGACUAUGUGAUGCAGGUUGUCACGUUUGGAGCUACCUGUUCACCCAGCACUGCGCUAUUCGUCUUGAACGAAAACGCUGCCCGUUUCGAAAGUGAGUACCCUAUUGCUGUCGACGCUAUACGCCAUAGACACUACGUAGACGACAUGCUUACGAGCGUAGAUACGGAGGAGGAAGCCAUCAACUUGGCCAACGAGGUUCGCUACAUUCAUCAACAAGGCGGAUUCCACAUGAGAAAUUGGGUAUCAAACUCGUACAAAGUGCUGGAAGUCCUUGGAGAGAAGCCAAAUCCGGAAAAGUCGUUGGAGAUGAGCGCCGACCUUGCCAUGGAAAAGGUCCUCGGGAUGUGGUGGAGCACAACAAAGGACGUCUUUCGCUACAAGCUCUGCACGGAACGCAACAAGGACCUUCUCACCGGAAUCAAGCACCCAACCAAGCGGGACAUGUUACGGACGCUGAUGGCCAUCUACGAUCCAUUAGGUCUCAUUGCGCACUACUUGAUGUUCCUGAAGAUACUGCUACAGGAGGUCUGGAGAGCAAAAACCGGAUGGGAUGAAGAAAUUGGAAAAAAGGAGUUGGAGAAGUGGUAUACAUGGCUACGCAUUUUGCCGGAGCUCGAGUCGGUAGAAAUUCCGCGCUGCUACUACCGGGCUGACUCCAGCAUUGACGAGGCUAGGAUCGAGCUUCACACAUUCGUAGAUGCUAGCGAGCUUGGGUACGCAGCCGUUUCCUAUUUCCGCUUUGAAAGGGACGGACACGUUCAUUGCGCGCUUGUUGGCAGCAAAACUAGAGUAGCACCUCUCAAGUUCGUCUCCAUUCCUCGCCUGGAACUGCAAGCGGCAGUCAUCGGUAUGCGCUUGGCCAAGAGUAUCGAGGCAGGCCACUCUGUCAAGGUCGACCGUCGUUAUUUCUGGACCGAUGCUCGGGACGUCAUGUGCUGGCUUCAAUCGGACCACCGCCGGUAUUCCCAGUUUGUGGCUUUCCGCGUGGGUGAAAUAUUGGAAGAGACGAAUGUUACAGAAUGGAAGUGGAUAGGCACAAAGGAGAACGUGGCCGACGACGGAACAAAGUGGAGGUACAAACCGGAUCUCAAGCCAGCAUGCCGUUGGUUCAACGGUCCAUCGUUCCUGUGGAGACCCAAAAUAGAAUGGCUGGAGUCGUCGCUGAAUGGCCAGGAAACCGUUGAAGAAAUCCGUUCAAGCGUGUUGCACCAUUCGGUUGGGAGAGUUCGUACCAUUUUGUUGCCCGAGAAUUUCUCGUCGUGGUACCGAAUACGGCGUGUAACAGCUUUCGUCCAACGGUUCGUAAACAACAUCUGGCUGAAGAAGGGAGGUCAACAACGGAGUGUCGGGCCACUUACGCAGCAGGAACUUCUCGAAGCGGAGGCGUUCCAAAUCAAACGAGCGCAGGAGGAGGUCUAUGCAGACGAACUAGCGGUACUAGCAGCGGGCGACCGACGACUCCAGAAAAAGAACAGCCUGUUCAAGGUCAGUCCGUUCAUUGACAAGCAGGGCGUGAUGCGCAUCCACAGUCGAUUGGGCGAAUGCGACUUUAUAGAUGAGAGCAGCAGGUACCCCAUCGUACUCCCACGAGAACAUCCAGUUACGACGCUUGUUAUACGCGACGUUCACCUACGGUAUCAUCAUCAAUGCCACGAGACCUGUGUGAACGAAGUACGCAAAGGAUUCCACAUCCCACGAGUUCGCAGGGUCUACGACCGAGUGCGUCGAGAAUGUCAGCUAUGCAAGUUGCAACAUGCUGCACCAGCGCCACCGAUGAUGGCCCCGCUACCGAAGCGCUGGGGUGUCAUCGUAACUUGUCUGACGAUUCGAGCGAUACACCUCGAGUUGGCUGCCACGUUGAACACCAGCUCGUGUAUCUUAGCUCUACGGAACUGCUUCGCUCGACGGGGAACUCCAGUAGAAAUUAGGAGCGAUCGUGGGACGAACUUCGUGGGUGCGGACAAGGAACUUAAAGAGGCGCUAGCGGCAUUAGAUCAGAACAGGUUCAUGGCGGAAUUCACCACACCGAGAACAACGUGGUGUUUCAAUCCCCCUGCGGCGCCACACAUGGGUGGCUGUUGGGAGCGGCUCAUCCGAUCCGUGAAGAAGGUCCUAUCCCAGGUCAAGCCACAGCGAGUACCUACGGAGGAAAUAUUGAGAAGCUAUCUAAUCGAGGUAGAGAACAUCAUCAAUAGCCGACCGUUGACCCAGGUACCGGUGGAUGAUUAUUCAUCACCGGCGCUUACACCAAACCACUUCUUACUAGGUUCGUCGGACGGAUCGAAGCCACUGGUCCCGUAUGACGAAUGUCCGUUGAUGCUGCAACGAUCGUGGAAGGCGUCACAGGCGUUGGCAAACCUUUUUUGGAAACGCUGGGUGGACGAGUACUUGCCAACAAUUACGCGUCGUACAAAGUGGCACUACCCGGUGAGGCCGAUUGCAGUUGGAGAGAUUGUCGUCGUGGCCGAUCCCAGCUUGCCGAGAAAUUGCUGGCCCAAGGGCCGAGUGGUUUCGGUGAAGACAUCAGCUGAUGGACAGAUUCGGUCAGCGGCAGUUCAGACCACCACUGGACUGUACGAGAGGCCUGCAACCAAGCUAGCUGUAUUGGACGUAGGUGUAAACGAGAGUGGGUCGGACCAGGGUCCAACCACUGGGGGGGACUGUUGCGUGCGCCCCUCGUGCGACGCCACACCUACUAAUCUAUCUUAUGGAUGCAGCGGCGCCGCAUUGAAGCUGACAGCGGCAUAA